AUGGCCCGGAAAUCGGCGCGCUACAAGGUGGACAUCGCUGCACUCAACGAGACCCGAUUUUCCAAACAAGGCCAACUGGAGGAGGUGGGCGCCGGCAACACCUUCUUCUGGAGAGGUCACUCCAGGACAGGGCGACGGGGCGUGGGUGUUGCCUUUGCCAUCCGGAACGACAUGGUGGGGCGGCUGUCCUGUCUAUCGCAGGGCAUCAACGACCGUCUGAUGAGCCUCCAUCUGCCUGUUCGGAGGGGAGGGGACAAAUUCGCCACCAUCAUCAGCGUCGACGUUCCGCCGAUGACCAGCCCUGACGCCGCAGGAGACAAAUUCCACUAGGACCUACACGCCCUCCUGGCGACUGUGUCAAGGGCCGAUAAGUUGAGAAGACGAAGAUGCGAUCACUGGGACAAGAAAUUUAUUGGCCUGACGUUUCGGAUUCUCAGUCGAAUCCAUCAUCAGAUACAUUUAUCAGAGACCUUUAUCUGCGAUAAGUUGACUGUCCUCGGUGACUUCAACGUCCAUGUCAGCAUAGAUCGUGCUGCCUGGAGAGAGUGCUAGGUCUCCACGGUUUCAACGGCUCAAAUGACAAUGACCUGCUCCUUCGCCGCACCCAAGCAGAACACUGACGCAUCCUAACGAACACCUUCUUCUGCCUGCCGGAACGAAAGAAGGCCACCUGGAUGUAUCCUCGGUCGCGUCAGCGAUGCCUGCUGAACUAUGUCGUCUUCCAGAGGCGAGACCAGCGGGGCGUGCUGGUGACGAAGGCGAUCCCGGGGACUGACUGUUGGACAGACCAUCGCCUCAUCAUCUCGAAGAUGCGUAUUUGCCUACAGCCUCGCAGGAGAUCACAAGGAAAGCGAUCCCCAGGUAGGCUGCAUAUUACCUUGUUGUCUUCGCCUGCUCACCAUGUUCAUUUCAGCAAUGAACUAGCUCAACGGCUGGACAAUCUCCCAGUCGCUGCCGUCGCCGCUGGCGGGAAUGCCUCCGUGGAGGACCGAUGGUGCCAACUGCAGGACGCAGUCCAGUCGACGGCGCCAGCCGUCCUCGGUCGCGCACGCCAUUAACGCCAAGACUCGUUCGACGACGACGCCACCAUCAGCAACCUGCUCGCCGAGGAGAACCGACUGCGUAAAGCUUACGUCAACCACCCCACGGACGAUAACAGAGCUGCUUUCUACCGUAGUCGUCGUCUCGUUCAAGGGCGACUGCGCGAGAUGUGGGACGCCUGGACGGCUAGCAAGGCUGAGGAGAUCCAAGGAUACGCGGACCGCAACGAGUGAAAGAACUUCUUCGCAAUCAAAGCUGUCUACGGUCCGCCGACCAAACGUACUGCUCCUCUCCUCAGUGCAGAUGGCAGUACCCUCCUCGUUGAGAAGAAACAAAUUCUACGGCGAUGGGCCGAGCACUUCCAAGGCGUCCUCAACCGUCCCUCCACCAUCUCCGACGCCACCAUAGCCCCUCUGCCUCAAGUGGACACCAACGUGGACCUCAACCUCCCGCCCUCUCUCCGUGAAACAAUCAGGGCCGUGCGGCAGCCCUCCAGCGGUAAAACACUCGGAUCUGACGCCAUCCCUCCCGAGGUUUACAAGCACGGCGGCCUCCAGCUCACGGAUCAUCUGACUGCUGUCUUCCAGGGGAUGUGA